AAGGCACAAUACACAGGAAAGUUUUGUAAAAUGUACUCCGUAGCGUACAUGAGAUAAUUAGCUAUUUUCAAUCAUUUUGUAUGGAAAUCACUCUAUAUUACUUGUAGUUCGCAUUUCAAAUCUGAAGAGUGGGUAAUUAAUACGAGUAAUCGCAUGAACCCAAAUUCAAUCAACUUUUGACUUCAAUUUCCCUUUUUCUUCCACCCUCUUUUCCUCAUUCAGUUCGCCUUCGCCACCUCAUUUUAAACAUUUCAAACUCCAACAAAAUUCAGCUGCUGUAGCCAUACCCAUAACCACCAUCCAACUCUCUCUCUCUCUCCCAUUUGAUCUGCAAAACUCCUUCAUCAAGUCCAACGCAGUCGAUCAUCAUAAUUCUACUACAAUAAUCGAUCAAUUUGAAGUCAAAUCCAACACUUGGAUCUCUCAUCUUCAGCUGCAGAAUGCAUUAAAAUUCCAACCGAUUUGAUCAAGAACAAGAGAAUGCUGGCAAUGGAAACUGCAAAAUCGAAGCUCAAAAUUGGUGGACUGAUCGCAAUCACAUUGAUAAUUAGUGUAAUUGGAUUAUUCGGCUUGUUAAAGCCAAUUCACAAUGGUUGUGCUAUGACUUACAUGUAUCCGAUGUAUAUUCCGAUUUCGGCGCCGAAGAAUUUGUCGUCGAAUAAGUAUGGAUUGUAUUUGUAUCAUGAAGGAUGGAAGAAGAUUGAUUUUGAUCAGCAUCUUAAGCAGCUUAAUGGUGCUCCUGUGUUGUUUGUACCUGGCAAUGGCGGUAGUUAUAAGCAGGUGCGCUCAAUCGCAAAAGAGUCUCAUUGGGCAUACACCUCAGGGCCACCUGAACGUAGUUAUUAUCAAGUGGCUUCUUUGGGUCCAGAGGAAGAGGAGGAAGGGCUGGACAUUGGUGCAGCUAAGUUUUCUCUACCCAAUCAAUAUGCUUCUAAGCUGGACUGGUUUGCUGUGGAUUUGGAAGGUGAACAUUCUGCCAUGGAUGGUCAGAUCCUUGAAGAACAUACAGAAUACGUUGUAUAUGCAAUUCAUCGGAUAUUGGAUCAAUAUAAAGAAUCUUCUGAUGCUAGAACUAAGGAAGGUGCUGCUGUUUCUGAAAAUUUGCCUAAAAAUGUUAUAUUAGUUGGUCAUUCCAUGGGUGGUUUUGUUGCUAGAGCUGCCACUGUUCACCCAAAUUUACGGAAAUCGGCUGUUGAAACAAUUGUUACACUUUCGAGUCCGCACCAGUCACCUCCUGUGGCAUUGCAACCAUCUUUGGGCUAUUACUACACGUCCAUAAAUCAGAAAUGGCGGGAAGGAUAUCAUAUGCAAGGUUCUCAUGCUCGUAGUUAUGCAUCACGUCCUACACUCUCUCAUGUUGUUGUGAUCUCAAUUUCUGGAGGAAUCAAUGAUUAUCAGGUGCGGUCGAAUUUAGAAACUCUUGAUGGCAUUGUCCCUCCCACCCAUGGCUUUAUGAUCAGCAGUACAGAAAUGAAGAAUGUGUGGUUGUCAAUGGAACACCAGGCAAUUUUAUGGUGCAAUCAACUUGUUGUCCAAGUGUCACAUACACUUCUUAGUUUGGUGGAUUCAGUAACAGGAAAUCCAUUCACUGAUAGACAAAAAAGAUUGGCAGUUUUUACAAAGAUGCUUUAUGGUGGCCUUCGACAAAGAGUUUUGGCCAUUGGUGGUGAUGAAAGGAAUUAUCUUGGUUCUUGUCCUAAAAAUGUUUUAUGGGAUGUGGACAAUCUUGAGAAGGAUCUUUAUAUUCAGACUCCCACAGUCACUGUCUUAGCAAUGGAUGGAAAGAGACGUUGGUUGGAUAUUCAGAAGCUGGGUUCAAAUGGGAAAAGCCAUUUUGUAUUGGUUACAAAUCUUUCCCCAUGUUAUGGGAUCAGAGUUCAUCUCUGGCCAGAAAAGGGAAACUCUUCAUCUGACUUGCCUCUUGGCAAAAGAAUAGUGGAGGUGACAUCAACAACGGCACAAAUUCCAUCAGGACCAGCACCAAGGCAGAUUGAACCAGGGAGUCAGACAGAACAGCCUCCUCCAUCUGCUGUAUUUUGGUUAAGGCCUGAAGCUAUGCAGGGAUUUAGAUUCAUAACAAUUUCAGUGGCUCCUCGGCCGACGGUAUCUGGGAGACCUCCACCGGCAGCUUCAAUGGCUGUUGGACAAUUCUUCAACCCAGGGGAGGGAGUUAAGGAAUUUUCUCGGUUCUCAUUACUUCUGUCUGCCAUUUUGCGUAAUGAGAUAUUGUUCAAGGAGGAUCAUCCUAUAGCUCUUAAUCUUUCUUUUACCAUCAGUUUAGGACUGUUACCUGUCACGAUUUCUCUAAAAACAAGUGGUUGUGGAAUAAAAAAUUCUGGAUUUUCAGCUCAAGAGGAUGAUGAUGUUGAAAACAGCCGGCUUUGCAAGAUGCGAUGCUUUCCAGCUGUGGCCUUUGCUUGGGAUAGGACAUCUGGUCUUCAUGUAUACCCAAAUCUGAAUUCUGAAACAGUCAUCGUAGACUCUGCACCAGCACUCUGGAAUUCAGCCCAGGGAUCGGACAAAACUACUGUCUUGUUACUGGCCGAUCCUCACUGUGCUUACAAAGCUAGCUUUUCUGUUUCAAUCACUGCUGCUGCAAGCAGAUUUCUGCUUCUAUACUGCUCUAAGAUAGUUGGUCUUGCUAUUGCCGUAGUCUUCUUUGUUCUCAUGAGGCAAGCACAUGCCUGGGAGCGUGAUUUGCCUAUACCAUCAAUGUUAACUGCUGUUGGGUGUAAUAUGAAGCUGUUUACCCCAUUUCUCCUAGUGACUGUAGUGCCUUUGUUCACCCCUCCAGUGCUCUCUGUCCUUCAGUUUCAUCCCAUUCCAUCAGUCUCAAGCUUCCUUGUUGUAUCACUUGCCUGUUACAUGUUUGCGAAUGGCCUCAUCAUUAUUCUGAUUUUAGUCUCACAGUUGGUUUUUCAUGUCAGUGCCGUUGCUCAUGUUUUCUUCAGGAAAAGGUGGCAAGUAUGGGAAGGGAACUUCUGUUUGGUCUGUCUCCAAAAGUUUUUCAACCUUGUCUCCAGGAUCUUUUCAUUUAAGGUGGUGAGAGUUAUUAGAUCUAAUCCAGUACUCAUGAUGGCUUUGGUAGCAACCAUUUUGGUGUGCUUUGUUCAUCCAGCAUUGGGCUUAUCAUUACUGCUGAUAUCACAUUAUUUAUGCUGCCAUAGUGCAUUGUGCAGCUAUUUGACAGCAUCCUAUCGCAGAGGAACACAAAAAAAGGAAUCAUAUAACUCUAAAGAUAAAGACUAUGAUCGGUCGGAACAGUAUGCUUCUCAGCAAAGCCGUCGGUCGAAACGUGGUUUGCCUUUAGAAGAGAAUCAUAACAUUCCUGGUGGACCCCUUUACAGUUAUGAUAACAUACAGUUAGAAAUCUUCCACCACAGACAUGGGAUGCUAAUUUUGCAUUUUCUUGCAAUGCUAAUGUUUGCUCCUUCCCUAGUGGCCUGGUUACAGAGAUUAAGAAUGGGUCAGAGUUUUCCUUGGUUUCUAGAUUCAGUUCUUUGCAUUGGUGUCAUCCUUCAUGGUGUUUGUGACUCAAAUCCAGAACUUAAUUUCUUUGUUUACCCCAUCCCUGGUGUACGUGGGCUUGAAGUAAAGUUGAGCUUUGCCUACCUGCUUGCUGGAUAUUUUUCAUUCUUGUCAGGCCUGGCAUUGGCUCCUUAUAGAGUGUUAUAUGCCAUGGCUACUAUUGGAGCACUUUCAUUUGCGUUCAGAAUGAUCCGAAGGAGGAACAGAGAGAAGGGAGAGGCAAUUUUUAGUAGUCGGAAGCACUCUCAUCGCCAAUAGUUACAGUAAAUUUUUGUAGGUAGGUCCUGUACGUUGUACCAAUCAUUUGUUGAUUGCCUUCUGAAGGUAUUGUAAACCCUAGCUUCUUGCCCUCAGUUUUGCAAUUCCAUAACCAUUUUCACGAUAUAUUUUUUUUUAUUACUGUGGAGAAAUGUAGAUUGAACUCUGAUAUAGGACAAAUAGAUUUAAUGUGAACUCACUAGUCAGUAUCCCUUUAGGGAGAUAACAGAGUUAUUUUUCUUCGCUUUUGUAUUUCCCAUGUAGCUUCACACGCAAAUACAAUUUCUUAAAUGGAUUUUUUCAUCUUGUUUUCA